AUGUUGUUCCAGGGCGAUGUAGAAACCGGCAAAGCUCUUAUUCUACAUCCACUUGUUAAGAAGAUCUCAUUUACGGGAGCUGUCCCGACAGGCAAGAAAAUCAUGCAGGACUGUGCAGCCCGAAAUGUGAAGCCAAUAACAUUAGAACUAGGCGGAAAAGCAUCCUUGAUAAUUUUUGAAGAUGCUGAUCUCGAAUCGGCCGUUUCUGGAGCGAUGAUGGCGAAUUUUUUCAGUCAAGGGCAGGUGUGCACGAACGCUAGUAAGGUGCUCAUUCACCGCUCGUUAGAAGCGGAUUUUGUGGCGUCACUGCGAGAGAAAACAGAAGCCAUGCGUAUUGGUGACCCUCUCGAGGAUACGACGCGAGUUGGAGCCCAUAUUUCACGUAGUCACAUGGAAAAGGUCAAAAGCUACAUUGAUGGUGCUGUGGCCGCCGGUGCCCGUGUCAUCUGCGGAGGUGAACCCGUACAAGUUCACGGCCUCGAAGGAGGUUUCUAUCUCUCACCAUGCAUUCUUUCCGACAUCCGCAAAGAUAUGGAAGUCUACCGUGAGGAGAUAUUUGGCUCGGUGCUUCUUGUGAUCCCGUUCGACACUGAAGAAGAAGCGCUUGAGAUAGCCAAUGAUACGACAUUGGGCCUUGCCGCUGGACUUUUUACCAAAGAUUUGGCACGAGCUCACCGUGUUGCAGAUCAGCUUCAAGCUGGCAACGUCUAUAUCAACACUUACAAUGACGUUUCACCGUUCGUCCCGUUUGGGGGUUAUGGAGAUUCCGGCUUCGGGCGUGAGAAUGGUACUGCAGUGCUCGAGCAUUACUCUCAGAUAAAGUCUGUAUUCGUUUCAAUAGCACCAAAGCUGGAAAAUCCGUUCCAGUAA